AAGUGCAACGCCCUCAUCAUCUUUAAAGGAAUUCCAAAAGCACACACAAAGACAAACAGUCACACAGAUUGAGAGGCGAUAUCGGCGUUAAUUACGUCGAUGUUUGACUGAGCUCUGUCGACUCUCUCUCUCUUGCUCGCAGACGUCCAGACCCGGAAACCAGUUUCAGAUGAAUUUUAACGUAUGCCAGUCGUCACCGGGUCCCUCCACUGGUGGGUCCUCCCAGACUGCCCAUUUCUCUCAAGAAAAUAAGAGUCGUUCGUUCAUUUCGUUUCAUUGUUGACCUUUUGGGCAGGUUAGUCUCCGUUCAGCUCGACCCCUAGGGUUACGUAUUCGUGUGGAGAGAAAUAAGAGGCACAGAGUGAGAGGAAGAAGAAAAAUAAGAAGGAGAAUAUGCAGUUGGACUUUCAUUGGUGUUCAGGUCCACAAGUCAAGGCAUAAUUUUCCCGAUCCCUCUCUGUCUCUCUUCAUUGUCUCUUGCUUUCUUUACGUUUGCUUAUUUCUUGUUUAAGUUUGUACACCCCUGAAGAGGAUUUCUUGUUGGGCAACUUCGAAUUGAUCUUUUAGAAUAUUGGCGGUUCACCUUUGGCCUAAUUUUGUGGGUUUGGGUUCUGUCGGCAGUGUCUUGUGCCAGAUUUCAGAUUUUUAAUUUGGUAUAAUUGAAGUAUCUGAGCUUGAGAUUUGAGGAAUCUUUUCGGGUUCUAUGAAGCUGAUUGAAUCUGGAUUUUGUUGGUUGCACUGAGCGAAGAAAAGGGUAUGUUUUUCUUCUUCUGAUUCUCAGGUUUGCCAUUUGUUGCUCUUUGUGGGGUUGAUCUGUGUUCUAUGCUUAUUCAAUCGGAACAAGUCACGGACUCACGGUUGUUUUGAGCUUGAAUGUUGAGGUUCUGGGUUUUCUUUUGAAGACGUGAAUGGUUUGUGGGUAUAGAAAAAUCAAGUAUAUAGUUUGCUGAAAGGGUUGGAGAUUGAGGCUGGAUUCUAUGAAAGAUUGACAGCAUUUGAGCUCCAGUUUAAAGUUUUGGGUACCGCUUUGAAGCAUAUGAAUGAUUUGAUUUUGUGUGACUUUGCAAAAAGCGGUAUUUCUUUGUUGGUGUGAUUUUGGGUUUUUAAGUUUUACCAAAUGGAUAACUCCAAGAACAGGCAUGAUAAUGAUAAUUUGGGUGUGAAUAAAAUGGGGAAAAAUAUAAAGAAGAGUCCUUUGCACCAACCAAAUUUUGGAAAUAAUCCUGCUAGGCAACAACCUCAGCCUCAGGUUUACAACAUCAGCAAGAACGACUUUCGGAACAUUGUUCAGCAGCUUACUGGUUCGCCUUCUCAAGAACCUCUUCAUAGACCCCCGAACAACCCACCUAAACCCCAGAAUAUGCGGCUGCAGAAAAUUCGGCCUCCCCCAUUAACACCCAUCAACCGACCUCAUAUGCCCCCUCCGAUGCCUGUCCCUGCUGCUCCUCCACCAAUGGUGUACAAUAAUAGCUUUGUCAGACCUGGUCAGUUUCGACAGCCCUCGCCCACACCAAUGCAACCGUUGACACCUGGGGACCCAAUUUGGCCAAAUACAGCUGAGUCUCCUAUCUCAGCUUACAUGCGAUACCUUCAAAACUCAAUAAUGGAUCCAGGUCCAAGGGGCAACCAAGCUCAAGCUCAAUCACAACCGCAGUUUCCAGGUCAAAUUCAGGGUCAGCCACGGUCAACUGCUUUACUUCCUAAUCCUCCCAUGCCUUCUCUCCCAUCCCCAAGAAUGAAUGGUCUUGCACCACCUAUGCCUAAUCUCUCUUCCCCGCAGAUGAAUGGUCCUGCUCUUUUGCCCUCUCCAACUUCUCAGUUCCUCUUGCCAUCCCCAUCUGGUUAUUUGAACUGGAUGUCACCGAGAUCACCAUAUCCAUCGCUCUCACCCGGGAUGCAGUUUCCUCCGCUGUCACCCAAUUUUGCAUUUUCGCCCAUGGCUCAAUCAGGGAUUUUAGGCCCAGGGCCUCAACCUCCACUUUCGCCAGGCCUAUUUCCAUUAUCCCCUUCAGGGUUCUUUCCAAUCCUAAGUCCAAGAUGGAGGGACCAAUAAUCCUUGUCAGAGCAUCUUAUGCUUGUGAGAUUAUUGCUUGAUCAGGGAUGGUAUCCUUAUGCAUCCCCUUCUCGUGGGAAUGUAAGAGGUCCUUUGUGAAAAUGUAAUGUACACUGUUGCUGUGAGAGGUCCUUUCAGUGUUUGUUUCAUUUAUCUUGUUUCUCAUUCAUUGCUGUCUAUCUUAUAGCCUGUUUUGAUAGUGGGUUCUGAAACGGCUGCAAUCUUUUCUUUUUGGGCAACUCUUACAUUAGUUGACGUAGUGAAGGGCAGAGAACACAACUGGACAAUUGGACAGAGCUGUAACAUGAAAGGAGGCAGGAUCAAAGACAUAAAAAGUUUUAAUGCAGGACAUCUAGGGCAAGAAUUCUCAUGUUUUUUGUAAUAUUUUGACUGUAAUAUUAUAUUGUUUAAAGUUAAAUUCAUCUUCAGCUAAUUGGCCUGUUGUUUCUCGAACUGCUGGUAUUAUAAUAAAUAUUUUGUUGUUUGAGCA